AUGAAUGUGGCGCUUCGUUGGGCUGGUGUCAAAGCGCCAAUUGGUAACCUGGGGAAACCUCGUCUUUUCUCGAAAUGCCAGAUGUUGUCGACUAGCUCAACCUCGGAAAACCUUCACGAUGAGACUACGGGGUUAGAACAGAGAUCUAUAGUUAUGGGCAGCGCGGAGUGGAAAAUAAAUCCACAUGCCUAUCAGCCAAAGAGCGAGGAGUGGAUUGAGCAAGAACUGAAAACUGGGGGAGAGUUCUUUCAGAAUAACUCGCCAGGCGACAGAGCAGACAUUACAGAGAACAGGAUGGACAUAGGCGGGCCAGUUCGGAGUUGUACCAGUGGGAACUCAGAACUACCUGGAUUCUGCUCAACCUGCAAACUUGUUACUAUUUUGCAGUGUCUUUCGUUCUCCCGACUUUUGGAAUUGUUGGCGAAUAACAUGAUCUCAAUCACAAUCAGCCAAAUGUUGCCCACUCAAGAACUCAUACGGUCUUCAAACCACUUUCGACCCAAUGCCCCCGGGGCUCAGACCCCGGCGGCUUUUCCGUUCGGGAUCUGGGGCACGCUUAGUCUUCCUGGCUCCAUCCCAAGUCCGUAUUCGACGCGUUCAUGGGCUGAUCGCCGAUCAAUCAUUCCCAGUGGUGGGCUGCUGUGGCGUGCCCAAGUAGCGGACCUCCUUGUCUCAAGCGAGAGCAUCUUUUGGCGCCUUCAUCUCACCGCUGUAUUUUGGCCAAUAGAUAGCCUGUUGCAGCAGAGUUUAGCCGCUUCCUUGGUCUUUUGUCUUGUGUUGGCCGCCAAUAUGGAGGAAAAAAGUUCCAGCAUAUUUGCUGUAGCAAUAUCUUUGCUCGUCGCUUCGUGGCUAAUCGUUGCAUUUCGCUGCUACGUGCGCGCAAAACUAACCCGAUGGGGUCUUGACGACAUCUUCGUGAUCGCUGUUUUGUUGAUAUUCACCGGAUGUGCUAGUUGCCUCAUGAAGGCUGCGUCCAUGGGACUUGGGAAACGUACUAAAAGUAUAAAACCACGCGAGGCGAUCAUAGAUUCAUUCAAGUUUUUUUUUAUUGCCGAUCUUCUAUAUAUCACCUCUUCAGGAAUAGUAAAGAUCUCCUUCUGUUUAUCUUUGUUACGAGUCGUCAUCGGACGAGGUUACAUCUACACGAUAUACGCGGUCGGUACAGUUACGGCCAUUUUCACAACUUUCUACUUCUUCUUCGCCCUUUUCUCGUGCUGGCCGGUGGAAUUUGUAUGGGAACAGAUACGAAACCCGAAUAGCGGCGGGACGUGCCGGCAAUAUCAUAAGGUCGUUGCCGGAAGCUAUGCUCACGGCUCAAUCGUUUGUGUGGGUGACUUGAUACUCGCAAUAGUCCCUGCAUUGAUGAUACGGAAAUUACAAUUAAAUUCGCGUACUAAGUUAUCUGCUGGCCUUCUACUUGGGUUUGGAUCGGUAGCGAGCGUUGCAACCAUAGCCCGGCUUACAUACGUCAAAUAUGGAUACGAUCAGAAAGAUUUCCUCUACACCAACACCGAGAUAAUGAUAUGGUCCAUGGUGGAGAUAGGGGUAAGCAUCAUAGCUAUAUCGGCUGUGACGCUGAAGCCCCUUUUGAUGAAAUACAAAAUCUUCUUCCACUCUCAAGACAGCAAUGCACUCUCGCCACAUGACCGAGGACGCAUCUACAGGAACGGCGGCGGGGAUUUCACGUACACAAUUGGCUCAGGACCACCACGAAAAAGCCAUUAUAGUCGACAACAUAGAUCCUCCGCGCAUGGCAAGAUAAGCGCCUCUAGACUGAGACCUGAUAACACAGUUGCCAAGGGACGGUCAUCAUCGGAGGAAAAUAUCUGGAUAUCGAAAGGAGAUGGGCAGACGAUACCCAGUAGAGACGGAGUCGACGACGAUUUGGAACUCAUUCCGAGAGGACAAAUACAAAAAGUUGUUGAGUUUUCGACGUCAAGGGUCGCGGCGGAACUGGACAAACAUUCCACACCGGCUCCUGAGCAUAGGUAUGAGCAGGCGUAG